UGACAAUUUCUCGAAGAAGAGUUGUCGAUCCAGGAAAGCUAGCGAGCGAGCAUUUACGAUGAGCUGUAGUUCCGAAGAAGCUCUCGAUGUUCAGAGUAAAUACAAAGGCGUUCGCCGAAGGAAAUGGGGGAAGUGGGUAUCGGAGAUCAGGGUACCCGGCACGCAGGAACGUCUCUGGUUGGGAACUUACUCAACGCCGGAGGCCGCUGCGUUGGCUCACGACGUCGCUUUUUACUGCUUGCGGAGACCGCCGACUACCGAUAAUCUCAACUUUCCGUUAAUGCUGCCUCCAAGUGUUCAUUCUGACAUGUCUCCUAGAUCGAUACAGAGGGCUGCUUCGGAUGCUGGCAUGGCGAUUGACGCUCAGUUUAUCUCACAGAGGCAUAUUGAGGAGCCCGAAAGAAGGAAAGUUCAGGAGCCCGGGGUUCGGGAAGAUGAGGUAUGUGUUUCGAGUGCAUGGUGGGGAGGAAAUGAAGUCAGAGAUGGAGAAGGAGAAGCUUUGAGCAUUUCGGUUGAAGAUUAUCUCUAAGCAGUCAGUGCAAUAUCUUUUUGGGUUUCCACAUAUAUAUAUAUAUAUAUAUAUAUGAGCCUUCCAUGUGUUGUAUAUAAACAAAGAUCAGUCUAGUUUUAUAACCCAAUUAAGUUAGAGAAAAACACUAUGAUUAUUAAGAAGCCGGUCGUUCAAAAAUUGAUGUAGUUUUAAAGUGUCUUGAGCAAGCUUGCUGCAUUUCAUGCACUUUACUAAGCUUGGGUUUCACUUUCUUUCAACUACUCCUCGUUUAUCUACUUUUCAUACCACCUGAUAACUAGAGAACAGUUCACAAUA